UGCGGUGAGUGUGUAUACCACGGUGGUUUAUAAUGUCUGAUCACGUGAUUGAUGUUGAUUUUGAAGAUGAUGAUAUUGAUGACGAUGUCGUUUCCAGGACAGUUAAAGUGACCUUAGACAAGAAGGUAAUGGUUUAUAGGCCAACGAUUUUCAAGAUGAUAUGUUUAGCUUUAGAUUCAUCCAAGGCUGUUGAAGCGAUUAGUAAAAGGGACAAGUCUGAAGAAUGGUACGUUACUCUUAAAUCUAGUAAAAUGGUUGAAGCACUAAUAUACAUAGGUAGCGGUACGUACAAUGGCAUAAGAUAUUAUUUUUGUGACGCAACCAAGUCGGUGGUGAACCUACGAGUACACUGGGUGCCCAGAUACGUUAAGGAUAGAUUUUUAAGGAAGAUUUUUGAAAGAUUUGGCGAGGUGACCCGGGUUUACGAAGAGAGAUCGUCUUACGAGGGGGUACAGCUUGGUACAGGAAUGCGAGCAAUAACUUUAGUAGUUUCUGAUUUUUUAAAGACCCCUAUUCCGCACAUGAUACGGGUUGAGAAAAGUAAUCUGCGUAUGCUCGUAACUGCUCCAGGCAGGCUGCCACUAUGUUUGAAAUGUAACUGUAUUGGUCAUGUUAGCGCAAACUGUAUAAAUUCUGUUUGGGGUCCACCCAAAAAAACCUUUGCUGAGUCAGUAUCGCCCCCACGUCCUAGCGCAAUUUCAGCUGAGCAGGUGCCUGCGGUCGAGGUAUUGAAAGAAGGUGAAAAGGAUGGUAGUGAGGAUGAAAGGGAAAUUGAUCAGAACAGCGAAGAUGGUGAUAAACAGGUAGAUGGAAUGGAAGGUUGUAGAACCGCCACUUUAAACUGUUUAGAAAGUGUAUAUAGUGUGAUGUUGUUUUCUGUCGUCUGCUGCGAUGUUUGUACAGAGUAUGGUUUUAUACACACACCAGUCACUGUAGCCUUUACUCACCACUGUUCAUGUGAGUUAACAGGUAAAAACGUAAUCACUGUAAGCCUGUACGUUUUUGUCUAUCUAGUAUUCAUAAUGGGUUUUUGCCAAUUAAAUAUUUUUAUAUGUAUUUUAUUGAAUUAUCUUAUUAUUGUUUCAAUUUCUAUCAUUGCUGUUAUUUCCCCAUCUACAAUAAAAUGUCAAUUCCAACUUUAAAUAUUAUCACUAUUAAUGUUAAUGGU